AGAUAAAGUUUUUCCCUUUCCAAUCAAAAUAAAUGAAAUUAGAAACCGUGUCCCACCCAGGCAACUAACCUGAUCACAAACGCAGAUCUUCACCUAAACUGCGCCGUCGGUAACAACCACUGAUAAACGCACACGCUCUCCAUCUUCUUUUCCCUUCUCCUUCACUUCCACCAAACUGAGAAAACACCAUAUUCCAAUUCUACCCCUACCCAAGGCAAUCAUGUACAGCAACAUGCUCGUCAACUGCUCUGGCUGCCACACGCCUCUGCAGUUGCCACCUGGCGCCACCUCAAUCCGCUGCGCGUUGUGCCAUGCCGUCACUCAUAUUGCCGACCCACGCGCCCUCCCGCACCAGCCACACUCAUCGACCCACGCGCCUCCACCGCCGCCGCACACGGCCCCUUCCCCCUACAACCACGCACCGCCGGGCCCCCCGCCGAAUGCUCACGGCCGCAAGAAGGCGGUGGUCGUCGGCAUUUCGUACAAAUACUCCCGGCACGAAUUGAAGGGUUGCAUCAACGACGCCAAGUGCAUGAAAUACCUUCUCAUGAACAAGUUCAACUUCCCCGAAUCUUGCAUCAUCAUGCUCACCGAAGAAGAAGAUCCUUAUGGCCCAAAAUUUCCUAAUAAGCACAACAUGAGGAUGGCUAUGUUUUGGCUUGUACAAGGAUGUCAACCGGGAGACUCGCUGGUUUUUCAUUAUUCGGGUCAUGGGUCACAACAAAGGAACUAUAGUGGUGAUGAAGCUGAUGGAUAUGAUGAAACAUUAUGUCCCCUUGACUUUGAAACACAGGGCAUGAUUGUAGAUGACGAGAUUAAUGCAACAAUUGUCAGACCUCUACUACCUGGGGUUAGGCUGCAUGCACUAAUUGAUGCUUGCCACAGUGGCACUGUUCUGGAUUUGCCAUUUCUUUGCAGAAUGGACAGGAGUGGACGGUAUGUAUGGGAGGACCAUCGCCCUAGGUCAGGUACAUGGAAAGGAUCAGCUGGUGGAGAAGUUAUCUCCUUUAGUGGAUGCGAUGAUCAUCAAACUUCCGCUGAUACAUCUGCACUUUCAAAGAUUACAUCAACUGGGGCCAUGACGUUUUGUUUCAUCCAAGCCAUUGAGCGUGGUCAUGGGACUACAUACGGAAGCAUUCUGAAUGCAAUGCGCACUGCCAUCAGAAAUGUUGGCAAUGAUGGUGAUGUUAUAGGUGGUGGUGUAGUUACCUCUCUCCUCUCCAUGCUAUUGACUGGAGGCAGCGGUAUUGGUGGACUAAGACAGGAACCACAGCUGACAGCUUGUGAAGCGUUUGAUGUGUAUACAAAACCAUUCCAUUUAUGAUAUUUGGAGUUCUAUAUACAAUUCUUUUGGCACUGCCCUUAACCCUUGUACAUGAGUAUAUUAAUAAUUAGAAUGAUAAACGAUAGUAUUAUAAGGAAGUUCAUAUUUUACAUAUAGGAUGUAUUUUACUGAAUUUACAUAUGCCCUUGUGAAUUUGAUCCUGAUCUAAGCUUAUUGUUGAGUUGCUGCAAA